AUGGAAAAGGAGGAGGAAGAGCGACAAGCGCUGCUCAAGACCAUGUCUCGUACGGAACGCCGGCACGGGAGAAUAGCCAGCUUCAAGGCAAGCUCUGGCCAUGGCAACAACAGCAACUCGCCGGGCCGGGCUAGGCAAGAACAAUCCGCCGCUGCAAUGACCGCCAGCCUGGUGGAGGACGGCGUUCUGUUCCGACCCGGGCCGACGGCGAUCAGACUCCGGACGGCGAAGCAGAUGCAGCUAGCAGUCGCCCGCCGGAGACAAGGCUGCAACGGCGACGGUGGCAGUGGCAACGAAGUUGAUACCCCGGACUACUACUUGACCGGCGGAGAAGCACAGGGGCUACAUCCGUCCUCGACACCGACAGCGGGAGGACCUCUGGUGGUCAAGAGGAGAGCGUACAGCAGCGACGGAACCGCGGCUACGGCGGGCCGCGCGGGGGGGCUAGUACUCGAGGUCAAUCGAACCGGGGGUGGCGGUGGCGGCGGCCGCGGCGGCGGGCGGAGGCGCAGCGUGCCGGGGGCAGGGGAAGGGCGACCAAACAUGAUCUUUACGCCCUCUCUGGCGCCCGUCGGGAUGGAGUCCGUCCGGUCGUGUCCCAUGAGCUUGGGGAGCGGAGGGUUAGGUCAGACGAGCUCCGUGAGGUGGGCGCCAGAAACGAUGGAAUCUGCGGUUGCCGCGGAAGACUCGCUGGGGGAGGGAGGGGGGGAAGGAGUGUCGCAAGCCUUGCGCGACACCCGAACGGUGUAAAAUUAGUGAGUACCUUUCGAUUGGGUAAACCGAAACGGCGCCACAUACCUGGUGCCGUACCACGAGCCCUUACGGCUGUAUGUAUGAUGGGCUUUAUUUAUCACGUCGUUUUCGACAAAAGAGAAGAGUCUGCACGUAUACAUCGACCAUCAAUCGACGUCAACAGGUAGCACAACGCAAGCUAGACAACUUCAUGGGUACCGGCUAGGUCGUUCAUGCCCACGGAGAAGACAACAAACACCACUCGCGCCGCACGGAAUGUUUCCAAAGUGCGGUAUUUUACGCCAGACUGGCUCAAAGAACGAGGUGACCUUUCAUUCAGCGCCCAUUUUUUUUCUGGGCCAGUAUCUUGACGCAGGGCAUGCCGAUAAUUUCAUAAUUUCCACACAUCAAGAGUGUUAUUUCACCACAACACGAGAAAAGUAAACGACGACAGCACCAACAAUAACCGGAAAUGCAAACGUCCAGCUCAAAAAAAAAAAAAGGCCGUGGGUGGCCCUCGCACUGCAUCAGCAGCGGUUUCAUCGAUGGGCGAAGGGCUGUCUGUAUUGGCGCAAGAGACACGGUGGCAGUGUGUACCUAACGCACACAAAUGAAUUUCCCCCCAUCAUACCACUCCAGUCUGAGAGUUGUACACAAAGUUGGGAGAAUCAUCAAAAAUAUCACUUGGAUCGCCUCUUCGCUCAAUAAUUAUAUACUUACAAACCGUUGUGGGGGGGGAGGGAGGACCAGAAAACGCACUUGUUCCCAGGCACGUCUGGUGACAAGAAAACAACCGCACCCGCUGCCCGCUGUACACGUACCGCUAAGAGAACUACCAAUACCGCACGCAGUAGCAGCAGCCGCCCUCAAAGCAACCCGUCGCCAACAAGUGGCAUGCCUCGAACCCCAAGGAAGGGAAGACACAAGAUGAUGGGUCCUUGAUGACGUACCAAGAACAGCAGACGACAAGAGGGGCAAGUCUGGAGAGGAACAAACCUGCAAUUGCGUUGACAAAAGGCGACACCUCGUCUCGUCGGCGGAGGGGCCACGACAACAAAAGCGCAAAACAACGGCAGUCCUCGUCGAUCCACUUGACAACGACGAUUCACCCCCAGAGACACCGAUUGCUCACGGAGAGAUUUGUCCCUCCGCUCCAACAGGGUGUACGUGUGGGCGUACUCGUGUUUUGCUUGCCAUACGCAGCGGUUAGGACAUCGUCCAGGGUGGGGGGGUCCCUUUAUUCAGCACAGAACAAACCCGAUCAAUCGACGUUUU